CACAAAACAGCUUGGCGGGCCACAUUUGGCCCCCAGGCCUUGAGUUUGACACAUAUGGACUAGAGCAUCGGUCAACAUCACUGUAUUUAACAUCUGUGCCAACAGUUGCGCCCCACUCAACAUUUAUAUGUAUACAUGCCAAUUAAAAGCACCACCAAUUGGCAAAAAGUAAGUAACCCUGCCUAACAAAACGCCCCUCCUUUUCUGUAAAAUGUCAGCUGUUGAUCUUGAAAAAAAACUCAGGACUAUCUACCACCCCCAGUGGGCAUUAAAAGCAACUGCUACUUCCGUUACACCGAGAUACAAUGACUAGAACUCUUCAGUCAAAAACACUGUACUUUCAUUAGCCAUCUCACAAUUUGCAGCUGAAAAACACAACGGUCUGCCACUCACCAGCCACAUGCUGCUAAACCACUGCCCCUACGGCCAUGUCAGAUGCAUCAGUUGCCAAAGCUAUAGAGGUUGUGCACGCAGGAUGUGAGAGGAGUGCUGCAAUAGCAAGGGCAGACCCAGAUCUAUCAAAGACCAGAGUCGCCAAAUCCAUCCAGGACUCGGUCUAUGGCCUUAAUAGAGACGACACAGGGAAUUUCCAGAAAGGUAUCAAACUAAUUUUAGAGGACUGUUCCCUACGCCAAAAUUCAGUGACACAAGGAGCUGAUCAUCUGCUGUUAAAACUGGUACGCGUUGCCAAGUAGGCCCAGAUCGUCACGGUGCCUGAAAACCCGGUCCAGGUAUGACAGGUGCUCCUCAGCUGAGGGACUGGCCAGCAAAAUGUCAUCCAAAUUAACAAACAAAAAUAAGUAACCCUGCCAGACAAACCUUUCUUUUCUGUAAAAUGGUGUCCAUUUGGCUCCCUAUAGUGGCAUACAGGGGAAACUGACUCUCACUUAGUUGUUGAAUGCAGCUGUUAUGCAUUUUUGGCUUGGCGUGUGUGUGUGUGUAACAAAUCCAAAAAAGGGUGAAAAGUAUGAAUGUGUACUACUAACAUGAACAUAAACUCUGUGUAUAUUAGAAGAAUAUAUUGUAGUGUGAUGCUAUAGAUUUGAGAUAUAUGUCAGAGGGCACUGCUCAAGUGAAACAAAUCAACCCCCACCACCAUCAUUACAUAAUCAAUGACCUACUAAAAAAACAAUGGAACAUUAAUUUCCUUUCACACUAAUAAAAACAAAAACACAUCCUUCAUCAUGUGACUACUGACGAAGUCAGUGGGUGUUCUCCAGUCAACAUUUAAAGGGAGAGAAUUCAGGUCCAACAGAAAAACUUAAAACAAUGUCAUCAACACAUCAUCUUUGGUUGGAGGUAAUAGAUGUAUGUGCUUCAUGCGUGUGUCUCAUACACACACCAAGUCUCCCUAAGUGAAGUUUGGACCAAUGUGACGCUGUGAGGACAAUGAAGACAAACUCCACCAAUUUCUCUUAUUUUAUUCUGGCUGCUUAUUUUGACACCGGACUCUUCAAACACCUGAUCUUCCUGUUGAUUCUGUGUCUGUAUGUGUUGAUCAUUGUCUCCAACCUGCUGUUGAUUGUUGUCAUCUGUAUGAACAGGAGUCUACAUGAACCUAUGUACCUGUUCCUGUGCAGCCUGUUUGUGAAUGAACUGUAUGGAGCCACAGCUUUGUUUCCACUCUUACUGAUCCAGGUUCUCUCUGACAUUCACUCUGUUCCUGUCCCUCUGUGCUUGCUGCAGGUUUUUUCCAUUUAUUCUUACACAGGUGUUGAGUUUUUUAACUUAGCUGCCAUGUCUUACGACCGGUACCAGGCCAUAUGUUACCCUCUGCAGUACAACACACACAUGAGCUUGAAAAAAGUGGCUGUGUUCAUCACUGUGUCCUGGUUACUGGCCUUUCUGAUUGUGUUUGGCACAACGUUCCUGAGCUCUUCACUACAGCUGUGUGGAAACACGAUUGAUACUGUGUACUGCAUUAACUACUCUAUAGUGAAACAGUCAUGUGGUGACAUCAGCGUGAACAACAUCUAUGGUCUGUUUGUGACUGCCUUUGCUGUUUUUGUUCCAUUAACAAUGAUCCUCUUCACCUAUGUGAGGAUUUUUAAAGUCUGUUUCUCUGGCAGUAAACAGACCAGACAGAAGGCUCUCAGCACCUGCUCUCCUCACCUGGCCUCACUCAUCAACUUCUCCUUUGGAGUUUGUUUUGAAGUGUUACAGAGCAGGUUUGACAUGAGCAACGUCCCUAAUAUUCUGAGAAUUGUUUUAUCUUUGUACUUCCUCACCUGUCAGCCACUGUUCAACCCUGUGAUGUACGGACUCAAACUGUCCAAAAUACGAUGCUUCUGUAAAAGCCUUUUUUAUAAUCUUUCUCUUAAUUAAAAUAGGUUC